AUGAAUGUUACCAGCCACUCACCAUGGCUUUCCUCCCUGGAAACUCCUCUGACUGCUCCAACUGCACCCACUCUGUAGGGCCCGUGAACAUUUCAAAGGCCAUUUCACUAGGUGUUAUUCUAGGGGGGCUAAUAGUUUUUGGGGUUUUGGGUAACAUUCUGGUUAUCCUCUCUGUAGCCUGCCACAGGCACCUUCAGAGUGUUACCCACUAUUAUAUAAUUAACCUGGCUGUAGCUGACCUCCUCUUGACUUCCACUGUCCUGCCUUUCUCAGCUACUAUGGAGAUUUUAGGCUAUUGGGCCUUUGGGAGAAUCUUUUGCAACAUCUGGGCAGCUGUUGAUGUCCUUUGCUGCACCGCAUCCAUUAUGAGCCUCUGCAUCAUCUCAAUAGACAGAUACAUCGGAGUAAGCUACCCGUUGAGAUAUCCAAGUAUAGUGACAGAGAAGAGAGGUCUUCUGGCCUUACUGUGUGUUUGGGCUUUGUCUCUGGUGAUAUCAAUUGGACCACUUUUUGGCUGGAAGGAACCGGCACCAGAAGAUGAGACCAUCUGUCAAAUUACUGAGGAGCCUGGCUAUGUGCUGUUCUCUGCUCUAGGCUCCUUCUACCUCCCCCUGACUAUUAUCUUGGUGAUGUAUUGCCGAGUCUAUGUAGUGGCCAAAAGGGAAAACAAAGGUUGGACUUCUGGUCUGAAGACAGAGAGAUCUCAUUCUGAAGAAGUCACUCUACGCAUUCAUCGUAAAAAUACUCCUGAAACAAGUGGAUCAGCAUCCAACCCCAAGAGCAAGCAUCAUUUUUCAGUGCGUCUCCUCAAGUUCUCCAGGGAAAAGAAAGCUGCCAAAACCCUGGGAAUAGUUGUGGGAUGCUUCGUUCUCUGCUGGCUUCCAUUUUUUGUAGUAAUGCCUCUCGGCUCUUUCUUUCCUGCAAUCAAACCCCCGGACACACUUUUUAAAAUAACAUUUUGGCUUGGGUAUUUAAACAGCUGCAUCAACCCCAUCAUCUAUCCAUGCUCAAGUAAGGAGUUUAAGAAAGCAUUCCAAAAUGUCCUGAGAGCGCCAUGCCUCUCAAGGAAGCAAACAGCAAGAAAGCAAUUCCCAAGUUUCAACCUCAACCACCCCACUAGCCAAAGCACAGAGAGUGGCAGAGGUGUGGUCUGUAUUCCUGCUGGCUCAGGAGAGACCUUCUAUAAGAUUUCCAAGUCGGAUGGGGUCUGCGAGUGGAAGAUAUUCUCUGCUGUGCAAAGCAUGCCUGCAAAAAAUGUAGUUUCUAAAGACUGUACAGCUGCCAAAGUGAAAAGCAAAGGUUUCCUCCAGGAAUGCUGUUGUGCAGGCACUUCAGGUAACCUUGUCAACAAAAACUGUCAAGUGCCAACCAUUAAAAUACACACCAUCUCCCUCAGCAAAAAUGGGGAAGAUGUCUAAAGGACCAGCAGCACGGGCUCACAAACUCAGAGACUCACACAACCGCAAUAUGGUUACAAUUGGAAGGGACCUCUGGAGACCAUCUAGUUUGACCUCCCUGCUACAGCAGGGUCACCCAGAGCAGGUUGCUCAGGAUCACAUCCAGGCAGAUUUGGAAUUUCUCUGAAGAAGAUUCCACAACUUCCUUGAGCAUCCUGGACCAAUGAUCCUUAUCAUGCUUGUGACUCAGCUAAUGGGAUGUUGCUCUUUUUAUUGGGAAGCAGAAGUGGAUGCUAUAGCAGUUGAAAGGAUCCAGUGAAGCAAAUAUCAUACUAUAACACAGGGACAAAGCCUUUGAGGAGACAUGUUGUAUAGUGCUGAUAGCCUAAACAAAACCCCUUAAAGACAGUGAAUGGCUUCAGCGGAUGGUGAGCACCCUUCAGUCUUCCCAGUGACUGACCUCUGCAAGGGAUUGGCUAAUGUUUCAAGGCUUCAUUUUUUUGUUAUAUUUGUGUUUCAAAGUUUCCACUGAUCUGAUUUAAGUGCAGUGGGGGAGGAAGAGCAAACUAUGGAAAACCUCAUGCUGAUUUUAGCAUGGAUACUUCCAGACAGCUCCACAUUUAGAGCCAUUCUACAAUUCCACCCCCUCAAAAAAAGACUAGACCUCGAUUCAAUAGCCAGGAGAGCUAAGCCUGAGAGGCUCAGGUCUUGGGACAGCAUUUACAGAUCUCUGCUCAUCUUUCAUUAAUGGGCUGUGGACAAGAACAUUUUCCUACCUUGUCUUGCCUCUUUUGUUUGCAUCUAGAUUGUGCUCUCCUUCUGAGCAAUGGAAGUUAAGCACAUUAAAGAACUUAAGGAUCUGCAUCCCCUUAGAAGGGCCAUCCUUUGGGAAUCAGGGAGAAAAGCAUUUGGAAGCAUGCUAUAUUUUAAUAUAGCUAAUAAAAAUAAAUAAAUUAAUGAGCUGUUCAGCAUCUGGAAGAAAUAGUGGGAGAAAUUCUCUGUACAAUAUUAGACA